AUGGCUUCAGCAGACCAGCCGGAUAUCGCGGACACCGACGCCAUGGAGUUGCAUUCCUACUUCGCUCCAGGUCUGCCCACGACAGAUGAGCCAUAUACUCUCCAAGUGACGCAGACGAUAGAAUGCGCCAACCAGCAACUGCCACCAAAAGAGUCUUUUAUGAAAUUUAUUGUUGAUGCUCCGCGAUUCACUCUCCCUGCUGAGAGUAUUCACUCUGUGUAUCCAGCUGAAGGAGUGUCUGAACAGCCACGUGUGCUGCCGCAUAUCGUUUUCAACGACCCCCAGUUGCCAUGGGAGCGAGUCAGUAAAAAGAAGCAGUCAGAAGAGGAAAAAAAGGCCAACGCUCGUCCGCCAUGGUUAGCUUUGAUGGUGUUCACCAACGACGAAUUGCAAGUGCGACAGCUACCAGGUUUGACGGAUAAAAUCCAAAAUUCUUCAACAAGAGCGCUGUCUAGCACGGUGGGCCGUCUCGCGCAGGCAGAUCAAGCGCAAAAUGACUUCCGAUGUCCCAAUUUGGAGGACGACGAGGCGACAGAUGACGAAACCUCUGCUUCGUACAUCCUACUGAGCAAAGAGCGCUUCCAGACACUCAUCAGUCAUCAAGCGACCGAUACAGCUUCAGUCACUCUGGAUCACUUUAAGUACUUCUCACAUGUGCGCGUGGUCAACGUUGAGGGAAGUUCACAUGCCACAAAGUCGGACAAACCGGACAAACACCCUCUCAGUGUGGUCUUCUCGCAUCGAACCGCUCCUGUUGAUGUGAAAGAGCCCCAAACGGUCUUUGUGCACUUAAUCUCGCUUGAUGGUAUUUUGGAUGGCCUGGAGAAAGUGCCUCUCAAAGCCACAGAUCAGCAAAUAGGUUUGCUGUCGCUGUAUUCUUGGACGUACCGCGUCGCGCCGGCUGACCACAUCAGUUACCAUGAUCUGAUGCAAAGUUUGGACGAUACGAAACAGCCACUCCGCCGACCAAACAGCUUGAUUGAUAAGAUCGCUACUGCAACAGAUCCGUCUUCAAUAUGGCUAGCUGAGCGUCUUCGUCAAGGAUAUACCUGGAUGCGCCAUCGGACCAUGAGCGGCGAGACAACGGUCGGACUCUAUCGCGGUCCUUUGACACCAAAAUACGUUGAGCCGGGACAUUGCGAGCCUACCAUUGGUGGGAAAAGUUUGCAAAUAGUUGAUGCACAGGCCGGGGUUGUGGAUUUGAGCUACAGUAUAGCUUGGGAGCUGGGACGAAACCUGGCUAUUGCCGAUAAGGGCUUCACAGCGGCCAUGCUGCGACUGCGAACCGACAUCUCAACUAUGGCGACAGAUGGAGGCACCGACAAAGCAAAUGGAACUUUCAAGGAAAUGGCGAGAGGGCCGGAUGGCCAUACGAAGAAUGAAGAAAAACUCUACACUGGUGUCUACCGAUGGGCAAAUAUGGCCGCAGGCAAGGUCGCACAAACGGCCGGGCUUAGUCCACCAGCAGGAAAAGAAGUGCUGAUCAACGCAUUGCAGCGCCGUGUACGGACAUGGUUGACUGAUAUGGCGGAAAAACAGGCUCCAGCCGAGGUGAAAAAUGAGAAAAAUCCAUCCGCGUCGACCGACUGGCUACUUAUUUUACAAUGGGUAAAAGACAAGCUGGCCCUCAAAGGUAUUCCAUAUAUUUAUCUUUUUCCAGACCCGGCAACAUUACCACUGGAGGCUCUACGCACGUUCUACGUGGAUGAAAAUUGGACCGAUGCUCUGAUUGACGGUGCGCUCAGCAUUGCCAACCAUUCCACCCUUGAAAAUGACCCAGUCAAACGUGAGAUCAGAGGCAGCAUCAACCAUUAUUUGUCAAAGGCUCAGGAUGAGGUUCCAAGCUCCAAGCUAACGUGGCGACCGCGAUGGGGAUUGCUCAUGCGCAGCAAAGUGAUUGAAGCCUAUCCCAAUCUACGAAUCGCACGGGCGGCCAGUCAAGAUGCAGGCCCUUCUCAACACAAAGACAAGCCCGCGGCAUUCAGUGCUUUGGCAUCCGAUACCUUGAUCUACUAUCAACCAGACACUCCAGAGGCUGACGAUGACGCGGCCCUUGUUAUUUCGCAGCCCUUCCAUCACCAGCGAUUUUCAGUUGGGGACGAGCUCAAUGAUGAGGAGUUGAAAUUCUCGUUCAAAUUAUUCGGCAAAAAUGGAGCCGCCGAGCGAGCAGCGAGGGCCAUUAAUGAAGUUAAAUGGACCGUUAAUGGGGAUGAGGCGGAAUUCAAAUGCAACCCAUCAACGCCGGCGGAGCUUUUUUUUGAGCCGGUGAAGUUGAAAAGCAUUUAUGACUGGAAGACCCGUUGUAUCAACCCAGCGGUAUUUAUUGAUGAAUGUCAAAAGGUAAAUGACAAGGUACUGGGAGAUUUUAAAGACGCGGAGGAAAACUCGUCCGCCUAUAUGGGUGUGCAGCUCAACGAUACUCUAUUAAUGCUGCGCCUUAAAUAUCCUAACCGGAAUGCGGAUUCGAAAACCCCACCGGGAGGGCAAAAACGGAUUCUUCAGGACUCUUCUCCCGAUUUGAAUGUCAAGAGCCCGGAUCGGGGUGAUGGAAACGAGAAGCUCCCGCUGGAUGCACCUCAAUUUUUCCCCGAACCGUCCAAUAUCAAUCCCGGUCUGCUGCCACCAACACAAGGAUUCAAGGUGGAGCUUCUCGGUGAUGCUGUGGUCACAAUCGACAAGAAUGUCCCUUCAUACAACAAUCUGCUCCCUUUAACCACUUCCCAGUUAGCGAAGGUGUGCUAUCCCCGGCUACCCCUGCCUCGACGACACUUUCCGGCAGGGAAUCGUAUAAAGCUGGACGUCAUCUUCUCAAUAAACGCUAUCCCUGACAUACGACAAGAUAUCCACCUCCGAUCCCUUACUGUCUAUAUCCCAGUCGGACGGAUAAACACCAAUCUCCUACUACCCUUGGAAGCUCGGCCGAAUAUGAAGAUGAUCGGUCCCGGACGCUUUUGGAUUCUGAGCGCGGCACAAGUGACCGGAAAGCGCCAUCGUAUCAACUUGGACGGGACCUGGAUAGUCGAGGAUGCAUGCGACGAUCAUGAUCAACAAUGGCUGGCGAUCACUGUGUCCCCAGUCCCAAGACAACGUGCUGAUGGUGGACGUCGUGCUCGGCCGUUACACCUGAUCCGACAUCCCCAAUUGAGCUUCUUGCUACAUGAGGUGGAAAUGAAUUCGUUGUCAUGCGAGCGGAUUCCUUUGCUAGUGGAAGAACACUAUUACCGUGCGACAGACGAAGAGACUUAUGAUCCUGCAGGGACUGUUAGGACGGUGGUGGGGGUGACCAAGCAGAGUUGUGAGUGGAAGUGA